ACAGCAAUUGCUGCAGAGAAUUUACAACCACGAGAUUCCUUACCACGAAUGUUGAAGAGCGCCUUCAGGGAGAAGGACCUGAGAGCAGAUGGAGAGCUGGCCCCGAGCAGAGGAGCGAACAGCCUGGUGAUGGUAUUUAGGACUCUCCUGUUGCUCAGGAAAGUGUUGCCAAGAACAAGGAGGGCAUGGAGGCCGCAUUGCUGCCUGCCUGGUCCCAGACACUGGUGACCUUCAAGGAUGUGCUUGUGGACUUCACUAGAGAGGAGUGGCAGCUGCUAGACCCAGCUCAGCAGGUCAUAUACAAAGAUGUGAUGUUGGAGAACUAUGAGAACUUGGUGUCAUUGGGGCACCAGCUUCCUAAACCAGAGGUGAUCCUGCAGUUGGAGAAAGGGGAAGAUCCCUGGCUGGUGGAGAGGGCAGUUCAAGAGUUGUGUCCAGAUUUGGAUACUAAUGUUGAAAUGAAAUCACCUGUUUCCAGUAAGAACAUUUCUCAAGAUAAAAAACCCUGUGGCAUUAAAGUAGAAGGAAUGGCAAGGAAGGAUCUCUGGUAUCUGUCAUUGGAAGACAUGUGGAAAUGUGAAGACCCAUUGGGCAAGUAUCAGGAGAAUCAAGACAGACAUUUGAGGCAAGUGGCCUUCACCCCAAAGAAAGUCUUUCCUCCAGGCAGGGUCUGUGAGAGUGGUAAGUAUGAGGGCAGCUGUCUCCUUCCUGCUCAGCUGGUGCUGAGGGAGUAUUUCCACACACGGGGCUCAGAUGAGAGAAGCAUGAAACAUGACCUGGCAUUUAGGGGGCAUCAGGGGCACUGCGUGGGUGACAGUGGAGAGUGUGGCCAGGCCUUCUGCAAAAACAUCCACCUGAUUGAGUGUGCGAGAGCUCACACAGGAGGCCAACCCUGCAAGUGCCCUGCUGGCAGCAGCCCUCUUGAUCCCGGAGCAUCCCUCCACGUGUCUCCGGGCACACACAGGGAGAAGCCCUAUGAGUGUAAGGAGUGUGGAAAGUUCUUCAGCUGGCGCUCCAAUCUUACCAGACACCAGCUCAUUCACACUGGAGAGAAACCCUUUGAAUGUAAAGAGUGUGGAAAGUCCUUCAGCCGGAGUUCCCACCUUGUUGGGCACCAGAAGACGCACACUGGCGAGGAGCCCUAUGAGUGUAAAGAGUGUGGAAAGUCCUUCAGCUGGUUCUCCCAUCUGGUCACCCACCAGAGGACACACACUGGGGACAAACUGUACACAUGCGGUCAGUGUGGAAAAUCCUUUGUCCACAGUUCCAGGCUCAUUCGGCACCAAAGGACACAUACAGGAGAGAAGCCCUACGAAUGCCCCGAAUGUGGGAAGGCCUUCCGACAGAGCACGCACCUCAUUCUGCACCAGAGAACUCAUGUCCGAGUGCGGCCCUACGAGUGUAGUGAGUGUGGGAAGUCCUACAGCCAGAGGUCCCACUUAGUGGUGCACCACCGGAUCCACACUGGCCUCAAGCCUUUCGAAUGUAAGGACUGUGGGAAGUGCUUUGGUCGCAGCUCGCACCUCUUCUCACAUCAGAGGACCCAUACUGGAGAGAAGCCUUACGAGUGUCACGACUGUGGAAAGUCCUUCAGCCAAAGCUCUGCCCUCAUCGUGCACCAGAGAAUCCACACUGGGGAGAAGCCCUACGAGUGCUGCCAGUGUGGGAAGGCCUUCAUCCGCAAGAAUGACCUUGUGAAGCACCAGAAGACCCACGCCGGAGAGGAGACCUAUAGGUGUCAGCGGUGUGGCCUUGCCCUCAGCCAGGACUCCCCCUGUGUUGUCCAUCAGGUAGGGCAUACUGGGGAGCAGUUCUUUACCUGCCAUCAGUGUGGGGCUGAGCUUGCAGGAAGCCCUGCUCUCACCUGCAUUCCAGACAAGGCGUACUAGGAAGCAAGGGCUGGUGUGGUCACUGUAGGGCAUCCUUCACCCAAAGCUUUGCAGAACACCUGGAGAGAAGCUCUGCACUUGGACAUAUGUGGAGUCAGGUAUGGUGGCCAGUCCUGUGAUCCCAGCUACUCUGGAGGCUGAGGCAGAAGGAUUGCAAGUUCAAGACCAAGCUCAGCAACAGUGCAACCCUGUCUCAGAAUAAAGAAUAACUUUAAAAAGGUUGGGGUGCAGCAGAGCAUUCCUAGAUUCCAUACCCAGUACCCCCCUAAAAAGGUCCUGGAGUAGGAAAAUCCACUAAUUUCAUUUCAGUACACAAGUCCAAUUUUCUGAAGCAUUAUUGACCAACUGAAAGUGCUAGCCUGAGGAGGAGCUGUGAGGGUGGUGGUUGGGGAUGAUCCAGCCUCAUUGCUGUCCUCAGAAGGAGAAGAGACGAGGGUACCUGUGUGGGGAGUGUCUUGCUGAGAACGAGAACAGCUGGGCUGCUGCAUCAAGCUGGCAAGACGCACUCCCUUGGCCAGGUGCUGCUCAGUGGCACUUCUGAGGUUGACGUCUUGGCUAGGCCACACUUUGGUUAGCAGCAAGGAAAAUGCCUCUCAUGUCAAACAGUAAAGAACACAUUUAUACUACUGGUGAUAACUCAUUUUUAAAUACAGUUCCACGAGGGCAAGAAUUCAGUGGAAAGAUGAGAAAGUCUUGGUAAAUGGGAAAAACUGACGUGUUAGUUUAUGGGAUUUGAGCUUUAUAGUCUAUUCAGUGUUGCUAAAAUAAUUGUUAAGACAUCUUAAAGUGCUCAGAAAGGACAUCUAGUUUCUUCAGUAUCCAGGAAGCUUGAGGACCACCUGCUGGCCAAGGUUCCUAUUGAUUCUAAAUUGUUUGGGGCCUUAGAGUUCCACUCUUUGCAAAAAGGUGCUGAAUGUUCCUAAGCAUUUUAAAAUGCAGCAGUUCUCUGCAUGUGGAGACUUAGAGGAUCGUUGGGCAUUUGGAUACUUAAGGGAGGGUCACCAUUGGAUCAGGAGCAGGAACCUGGGCAAUAUUCAGAGCACAUGUGUGCACCAGACAACCCAGCACUGCUGAAUCCUUUCCCUUUGUAGAGGAGACUUAUUGCCUGAGGGCAUGUACUCCAGCUGGAAUGCCCAGGGUGAAAUCCCACCUCUUUCCCUGACUAGCUGGUGUUCGUGGGCAUCUGCUUGGCUUCUGUCUACCUGAAGUGCAGACAGCCUCCCAGCAAGCUAGAGAUGAGGGGAGCACGUACCUUGGAUCUUCGAGGUGAGUGUUUGAGAGUGAGUGUGACAGCUUAGAAGAGGGCCUCACGUGUGCCAAAUUCUUUGUCACUAUUACCGUGAUUGUUAAUAUAUUCCCCCACUGAAUGUUACUUGUCACCUAAUUUACAUGUGCUUGUUGCUUCCUGGUUUCUCAGGUCCUGACAACCACCUGCUGACCAAGGUUCCUAUUGAUUCUAAAUUUUCUGGGGCCAUAGAGUUCCACUCACACAUGCUUUUCCCUUUUGCCUAAGUCAGAAUUUACCUGUGAAAGUUACUGACAAUUACUGGGAUUAUGGUUUAAUUCCUGAGGAUCAGUAACAGCUUUUAAUAUUGUAUGCAAAAUUGUUUUGUUGGUACAGAGGUCUUCUAGGGGGAAGACCCCAAUUUUCAGAUUCUCUGGUAAGUCCAUUACCCAAAAAAGAUUCAGGAAUAGGAUCUGCUUUAAUUUUCUGUUUCAUUCUAUAAAUGAAUCUUUGUGUGUUGUGAAAAGUGUCAAAAUCAAAGUGAAGUAGCUUGCGUCAACCCUAAUAAAAAAAUAAAGCCACGAGGUUGUGAAGGAAGAGC